GUAGCAAAGUAUACGGUCACGGCGGUGUAUGUCGCGCUUUAGAAAGGCGCGGCAGUCCAGAUCCCCGCCUUUCGCCUCCGCUUCGCAUCGACUUUCCGAAUGCGGAAACUCUAAGACGGCGUAGUGGGGCCUGGGGCAGCUCCACGAAGGACCCCUCCACGCAUGUGCCAUGCCAUACACCGUACUUGCGAGGAAUCAAAGCCGUUCCGAUUCGAUAAGGAUAUCUGGGGCUGGCUGGAACUGCCUUCUUCAACCUCUCCCUCUCGACUAACCUUUCGAGGGUCUGCUCUUCUCAUUCCUCCCUCUUUCUUUAUCUCCACCUCCCUUAUCUACAUACCUGGUGAAUCACCCCUCUUGCCCGCCAUGGUACCACAUCCCUUCAGCGCCCUCACCAUCGAGGAGUGCGACAUUGCCCGCGAUGUCAUCUUGCAAGCCCACCCCGGCGCAUCAGUCUACUUCCGCAUCGCCCAGCUCCUCGAGCCUCCCAAGGCCGAGCUGACCAAGUUCCUGGCUGCCGAGCAUGCUGGACAGCUCUCUUCCAGCACACCUCGCCCGGCUCGUAUGGCGGAGGUCAAGUACGAUGCCAUCGAAGCCGGAUCCAAGGUUCCCGUCUACCAGGAGAGCUGGGUCGAUGUGGGCAAGAAGGAGCGAGUGAAGCACGAUGUGAUUAGUACCGAGUUUCACGCCAGCUUGACCUUCCCGGAGUUUCACACAUUUGUCGAGGUCUGCGAGGCUUCACCUAUGUUCAAAGAGAAAAUCAAGGAGUUCAAGUUGCCGCCAGGCUUUGAAAUCGUCAUCGAGCCGUGGCCAUAUGGAGGCCUUGAUGACUCCGACGAAAACCGUCGUUUCUUCCAGGGUCUCAUCUUCGCCGCUGAUGCCAGCAAGAAGAACCUGGACACUAACUUCUACCCCUACCCACUGCCAAUCAUACCCAUCAUGGACUGGGCGAAGAAGGAGAUCAUUCGCAUCGACGAACUCGCCACUGGUGGCACGGCCGAUCCUUUCCUCGGCAAGACGCACACCGCUGGUGUCCUCGAUCACUGCAAAUCCUCCGAAUACGUCCCUGAACUGUUUGGCGAGGAGAAUCUCCGGAAGGACCUCAAGGCGCUGAACGUCACCCAGCCUGAUGGCGCCAGCUUUACUGUUGGCGAGGGCAACUUGAUCGAGUGGCAGAAGUGGAGGUUCCGAGUCUCAUUCAACCCCCGUGAAGGAGCGGUGAUUCACGAUGUGUGGUACGACGGGCGCAGCAUUGCCUACAGACUGAGCUACAGCGAGAUGACUGUGCCCUAUGCCGACCCCCGACCACCUUACCACCGCAAGCAAGCGUUCGACUUUGGCGAUGGCGGUCUCGGGCACUGCUGCAACAACCUUCAACUCGGCUGCGACUGCCUCGGCGUGAUCAAGUAUCUUGACGGCGUGGUCAUGGAGACUGACGGCAAGGCUCGAAAGGCUGACAACGUCAUUUGCGUGCACGAACAAGACAACGGCAUUAACUGGAAGCACACCAAUUGGCGAACUGGACGCGGCGUCGUGACUCGUCGUCGCGAACUCGUUGUUCAGUUCAUCAUCACCCUUGCCAACUAUGAAUACAUCUUCGCGUACAAGUUCGACCAAGCGGGAGGCAUUGUCAUGGAAGCACGCGCCACCGGUGUCGUCUCCGUCGUGCACAUUGACCCCGGCAAGACGGCCGACUGGGGUAAUGUCGUCAGCCCCGGCGCAUUGGCGCAGAACCACCAGCACUGCUUCUGCGUGCGCAUCGAUCCCGCCAUCGACGGCUACAACAACACCGUCGUGUACGAAGAAAGCCACCCCAUGCAGAUCGACGCUGUCCAAAACCCCAACGGCAACCGAUACGAAGUGCGCAAGACGCCCAUCACCACCUCCACCGGCCUCGACAUCGAUCCGCUCAACGGCCGGGUGUUCAAAGUGCAGAACCUCGACAAGCGCAAUCCGAUCAGCGGCAAGCCGGUCGGAUACAAAAUCAUCCCGCCUGCGACGCAGAAACUGCUUGCCGCACCGAACAGCAUUCAGAACAACCGGGCGCUGUUCGCGCAGCAUCACGUCUGGGUGACGAAGUACAAGGAUCACGAGCUGUAUGCCGCCGGUCGUUACACGUUGCAAAGCCGACAUGAAAGCGGCGGUGUGGCGGAUGCGGUGAAGCGGAAUGAGUCGACGGUGCAGGAGGAUGUGGUGUUCUGGAACGUGUUUUCACUCACUCACAACCCCCGUGUCGAGGAUUGGCCCGUGAUGCCUGUGGAGAUUACGCAGGUUUCUAUCGUGCCCUCCGACUUCUUCACUGCCAACCCGUCCAUCGAUGUGCCGAGCAGCAAGAACAACGGCAGCCAGCUGGCGGACUGCUGCCCGACGACGAAUGGCACCAACGGGGUGAACGGACACGCGAAUGGAGUGAAUGGAGUCAACGGGACCCACUAAGCGGGGAGAAUGGAUGGCCGAUGAGUAGUGGAUGAACAUGAAGGAUUUUCGAUAACAUCUACGGCGAUUUAUACUUGUUUGAUCUGGUUGAUAGUCGAUCAAUGCACCCUUGAAGUCUUGC